GAAUUCUUUCGUCCUUCAUCCAUGCAUCCCACUUCUGGCUUCAUACAAAGACCAUAAUUUUGAUUAAUCGUAUUGAUAACUUGGGAAAAAAUAAUGGAUAAAAUAGGAAACACCGAACUAUACUGGGAGGACAUUUUAGUAAUUCUUAUAUAUUUUGUAUUUCUUAUAUUUAUUGGAUUUUGGUCGUCCUACAAGAGUACAAAGGAUAGCGUCAGUGGUUACUUUCUUGCCAACAGAAGUAUGAACUGGUUUAUGGUGGGUGCAUCUUUGUUUUCUAGUAAUAUAGGAAGCGAGCAUUUUAUUGGACUGGCCGGUUCUGGUGCUGGUUUAGGCAUAGGAAUUGCUGUCUACGAACUAAAUGCUUUAUUCGUUCUUUUAAUUUUGGGUUGGCUUUUCAUCCCAGUCUAUAUGGCAUCCGGGGUAUACACGAUGCCCGAAUAUCUCAGAAAACGUUUCGGAGGAAGAAGAAUUCGAAUUUAUUUAGCCGUUCUGGCUUUUCUUAUUUAUGUCUUCACUAAAAUUUCGGCGGAUUUAUACGCGGGAGCAUUGUUUAUUAACCAGUCCAUAAAACUUGAACUGUAUAGCUCUGUUUUAACAUUAAUAAUCAUCGCAGCCUUAGUAACAAUGACCGGCGGAUUAACAGCGGUUAUGUGGACUGACACUAUACAGACUUUAGUAAUGCUGUCGGGUGCGCUAGUUCUGAUGAUCCUCAGUCUAAUUCAAAUAGGAGGCUUUAAUAAGUUAAUGGAAAAGUAUGCAACUGCCGUACCUACAAACGAAAGUUUAGUCGGUUACGAUAGAAAUAACCGAUCUUGCAGCUUACCCAAUCCAUAUUAUAAACAUUUUAUGAGGCCCGUAACGGAUCCGGAGCUCCCUUUCACGGGUGUUGUGUUUGGAUCGACAAUAGCGUCCAUUUGGUAUUGGUGUGCCGAUCAGGUUAUCGUACAAAGAGCCUUAUCGGCAAAGAGCAUCACUCACGCUAAAGGAGGAUGCAUAUUGGCGGGUUAUUGUAAAUUAAGCCCACUAUUCUUUCUAGUAAUUCCGGGUAUGGCCGCACGAGUAUUGUUUCCAGAUAUCCUUGCUUGUUCCAAUCCGGAGAAGUGUGAAGCAAUCUGCGGCAAUGCGAACGGAUGCACAAAUAUCGCUUAUCCUCAAUUAGUUCUUCAUCUUAUGCCAGCAGGCGUUCGUGGCAUGAUGUUAUUUGUGAUGUUAGGUGCAUUAAUAAGUUCUCUCACCUCGAUUUUUAACAGUAGUACUACUAUAUUCACAAUGGAUGUGUGGACAACAAUCAGAAAGCACCCUUCUGAAAUGGAACUGCUAAUAGUGGGAAGAGUUUUUGUAUUAAUUCUUGUGGCCAUCGGUGUGGCUUGGAUACCAAUCAUCAAGAAUAAUCACGAAAGUCAAUUGUUUCUUUACGUGCAAAGCAUAUCGAGUUAUCUGUCUCCUCCCGUGUGUGCAGUCUUUCUUUUAGCUGUUCUAUUCCCACGAAUUAACGAAAAGGGUGCAUUUUGGGGACUCGUGUCCGGACUGGUCAUGGGUUUGAUUCGUUUCGGGAUAGAAUACUCCUAUACGGUUCCUCCCUGCGCUUCAAAAUUACCUGAUCCUAGACCCGCUAUCAUUUCCAAAGUUCACUUCUUACAUUUCGGAUGUAUAUUGUUCGUCUCAGUCUGCAUAAUAGCCACUGUUGUUAGUUUAAUGACAAAACCCAUUCCAGAGAAGAGUUUGUACCGACUGACAUUUUGGACCAAAAAUAGUCCCGAAUUGAGGGAAGAUUUAAACGAAACAUAUUCAGAAACCAUAACAAUGGAUGGACUAUCAGAAGGGAUAGAAAACCCGGAAUUCUUUGAAGAAAAAGACGUUCAAAUGUUUAACAACGAUUCAAACAUUCAACAAAGUGAAAUUGAAGACAGAAAUAAAAGAACUGCAUCCGAACCAUCGUUUACUACAAGAGCAUUUUAUAUUGUUUGUGGAAUAAGCGAAACUUUAAGGAAGAAUAAAGAUCACGAAAUGGAGAAAAUUUCUCCACAAGAAGAAGUAAGAAGAGCAUUGCAAUUUACGAAUGAUAAUCCAAUUUUGGAAACUGUCUGCAACAUGAAUGCUGUGUUUGUCCUGAUAAUAGCAUCCUUUCUUUAUGGUUAUUUCGCAUAGAACAAACUUAAUUACCACUAAAUAUAUAAUUAAAUAUAUAUACUUUUACUGUAAAUUACACAUUAAUUUGGAUGCUGAAAGUUUUCUCGUGGUGUCUGGACGUAAUUUAGAGGAAUUAGUCCAAGAUUAUGUUUACUCAAGCACACUAGACUGACAGAAAUGACGAGAAAUACAAUAAAACUUCGAUUUAACACCGCCAUUUCUUGUCUCGGUGGAUGGCAAUAAAUCGAGUGUGGCGCUAAAUCGAAGAGUUUGUAGUAAUGAGGUUUAUUUACAAGUUCGAGCUCGAAAAAUCACCCGAUUUUGGGUGUUAACAAAGCCUUUUGCCAUGCAAAAUUGUAGUUUAUAAAUGCCGAAAGUAUUUAAUAUUUAUGAGGAAGAUUCGCGUAAGAGUCUUAAUUUAGGAGGAAUCUCUAAUUAGGAGAAAGCUAUAUCGAAAUUUUAAUGUUUCUAAUUUAUAUUUCGUAUAAAGGAUAUCGCAUGAUAAUGUAUAUACUGCAGUUUCCAGUGUAAAUUCUUGUCCAGAACGUUACAGAAUAUAUUAUAGUGUCUAGAAUAUGCCUAAAAUUAGCUAUUCAUUUGUAAAGAUGGCCUAAUAAAUUAUUUAUGAUUUAAUAAAAUACUGUAAGGAAUCAGUUCUCUCUACAUACACCUAUCUCAUUGUUUUAAUUAAAGCCAAAUGAACCAAUUAUUGUACCGAAAUGCUCGUCAAGAGUGCGAAUAAAUGAAAACUGUAACAAAUGUAUUUAACUUUUAAUAUCUUAUCCUAAAGUUUUCA